CAACCAAACCACCACACUCGACUGAUCGUCGCCUCGACCUCGACCUCCUCUCCGCCGGCGAAAACGAAGAGAUCAAGUUGUCUGCACGCGCGACGUCGUCGUCGGAGGUGGCGGCCGUGAUGAGGAGGAUGCUGCGUUGCUUCUUCGGCGGCGAGGCGGAGGCGGAGGCGGGGGCGGAGGGGCCGAAGAAAGCGGCGGUGGUGGUGCAGAAGAAGUCGGUGCGGCGGAUGCGGAGUGCGACGGGGCGGCUGCGCUCGCUGUCGCUGGAGGACCUGUCGCGGACGCUGGCGCAGUCCGGGCUGCACGCCUUCACGCUGGCGGAGCUCAAGUCCGCCACCCGCAGCUUCUCCGGCAGCAACUUCAUCGGCGAGGGCGGCUUCGGCCCCGUCUACAAGGGCUUCGUCGACGCCAAGCUCCGCCCCGGCCUCCACUCCCAGCACGUCGCCGUCAAGUACCUCGACACCGACGGCCCCCAAGGCCACCGCGAGUGGCUGGCGGAGGUGGUGUACCUGGGGAUGUUGAGCCAUCCGCAUCUUGUGAAGCUGAUCGGCUACUGCUGCCAAGACGACCACAGGAUGCUCGUCUACGAGUACAUGGCCAGAGGCAGCCUCGAGCACCACCUCUUCAAGAAUUUGCUGUCGAGUUUGCCAUGGGCGACGCGGCUGAAGAUCGCCGUGGGCGCGGCCAAGGGUCUGGCCUUCCUGCACGACGCCGACACGCCGGUGAUCUACCGCGACUUCAAGGCAUCCAACAUCCUGCUCGACUCGGAUUACACGGCGAAGCUCUCGGACUUUGGGCUGGCGAAGGAGGGCCCACAGGGUGACGCGACCCACGUCACCACCCGCGUGAUGGGGACCCACGGCUACGCGGCGCCGGAGUACAUCCUGACGGGCCACCUGACGGCGAAGAGCGACGUGUACAGCUUCGGGGUGGUGCUGCUCGAGCUGCUGACGGGGCGGCGGAGCGUCGACAAGCGGCGGCGCGGGAGGGAGCAGAACCUGGUGGACUGGGCGAGGCCGUACCUGCGGCGGCCGGAGCGGCUGCACCGGGUGAUGGACCCCAGCCUGGAGGGCGGCUACUCCGACAAGGUGGCGAACAAGGCCGCCAUGGUGGCGUACCACUGCCUGCACAGCGUGCCCAAGUCGCGCCCGCACAUGCGCGACGUCGUCGACGCGCUCGAGCCGCUGCUCCACACGUGCGGCGACGUGCCCGCCGGGCCCUUCGUCUACACCGUCCCGGCCCAGUCGCCGCCGCCCGCCGCCGCUGCCGCUGCCGUUGCCAAGGACGACGGGAAGGCCACCUUGGCCGGCGCGGCCGAGGACGGCGAGGAGGUGGCCAAGAGGAAGAAGAGGUACGUGGCGUCGGCGGUGCACGCCGAGGGCGCGCUGCGGAAGGGGGAGCACCGGUACGCGAGCUCCGUGUCCGGCUCGCCGAGGCAGAGCAGGGACAGGGGGGCCUAGCCGCGCAGGCGCGCAGCUUGACUGAAGCGGCAGCUGCAUCCGUCUCAAGCUCUCGACGGCGCGGCAACGCGUGAAUUUGCCUGUUACUGUGUGAGUGUGUGUGUACGUUUUGUUCGAGAUCGUUUCAAGUGUAUAUACUGCGUAACUAGUUAAGCAGGGGGUGGUGUGGUAGUAACAUGUUCGUUGAUUCUUUUUCUUGGUGAUGCUAUUUUCGAUCCCAAGAGCAAAAUGUUAUUGUUGUUUUUGUUUGAAUUUUCUCAUGGAAAAGGGUUUUCUUUUUCCCUAUGUUUUCGGCUUGUACCCUUUACUGCCUGGAAUAUAAAUGAGAAAAAUGAGAGUAUAGAAUAUAAAAGAAAAAAAUGGAGACGGUUCAAUCAC